AUGCUGUUUAGUUUCACUUUCUCUUUGCUAUUAAAACAGAUCACUUCAAACCACAACUGCAGUACAGUCAACAGAAAAGUUACCCAUAGCUGCAGGAUCCAUGUUGGAACGCAGAGUGGCACACAAGAUGAAGUACUACACAGUUGAGACUGGCAAUACUUUGGAUUCUCAUAUUCAGUUUAUGAGACGACUCAACAACACCACAAGAUGUUUUACGGAAGUCAAAUCUCCAGUGGAGAGUGAUGUCAUCAUGGCUUUCUGUCCCAUCGUCUCCCGCGCCGGGACUGAUAUUGAAGCAGCACUGCAACAGAUUCCAAAGGGUAAAGAUGUCAUUCUGGUAGUACUGCAUCACACCUUCAACCCAGACUACACUGUACCUUACAGCAGCAGACUAGUGACCAGAAGUGAUGUAAUACUCACAGUGGACUGUCUGUUCCAUGAGAGCCUGGGACUACUGGACUGUCCUCACAAUGAUGCAGCAGUCAGAAAUAUUCGCCAGAAGUUUGACACAGUGGACUGUCUGUUCCAUGAGAGCCAGGGACUACUGGACUGUCCUCGCAAUGAUGCAGCAGUCAGAAAUAUUAAGCAGAAGCUUUACAGUACCAGAAGUUGUGGCUUUCUAGCUUGGAUUCUAAACGGUGUCAUGUGGGCAGUGUCUUCAGGCUACAGCUACCUCUGUACACGGCUUUCGUAUGUGAAGCGGUGCUUCUGGGACAAUAAUUAGGUUCAAAGGAGGUUAUCCACAUCCCUCUUCAAGACCUCGUUCCAGAAGUGAUGACAGCAGUUCCACUUUUGUACCAACAAUGAAGACAUGCUAAUUGUUUUUAUGGAUUCCAUCUUUAAUUUUAUGGCCUACUUAAGAAAAUGUCUUUACUUUUGAUGUUAAGAGCACUUGCAGGUGUAAUGUAUAGAAAUUGGGGCCGAUAUGAAAAAUGUUAAUAAAAAUGAAUGGAAAAUAAUAAAGAAGAAACAGGAUCUGUG